AUGGGCACAAAACGUUUUGGAAUAGCAAAAAAACAUUCUGUGAAUAAUGAAGAGUCACAAUGUAGGCCGUUACCUGCCUUCCAAAGGAGGCCACCUAGUGAUACACCUAUUGUCACUACCUCAAAUACACCAACUGGGUCAUAUGAAACUACUCCAGCUAUAUCACCAGAAGCUAGUGCUAUUUUUGGUGAUCUAGAGAAAAACAUUGAUUCUUCAAAAAUACAAAUUAAUGAAACUGUUCCAAAUAAUAACAUUCUCCAUAAUGAUAAUAAUACGUCAAAUGAUAAUACUCAAAAUAUAAUAUCCACUUCGAAUAUUCUUGAACUGAAUCGUACAGAAAAUUCAACAACUACUCUUAAUGAAUCAGGUGUCCUGGAUAGCCAAGAUAAGGAUAAACCACAAUCCACACAACGAAGAGUCACCAGUACAUUAAAUGUCCCAGGACUAACUAAAUCUAAAUUGUCCCCAGAUGGAAUAAUAUCCAAGGCAGAAGCAGGUUCUAAGCUGGUUAUUAUUAUGGUUGGCUUACCUGCAACAGGAAAAUCGUAUAUUACAAACAAGUUGUCUCGUUAUUUAAAUUAUUCCAUGUAUUAUUGUAAGGUUUUUAAUGUAGGAAAUACCAGAAGAAGAUAUGCAAAGGAACAUAAGAUUGGAGAUCAAGACUCUAACUUUUUUGAUCCUAAAAACAUAGAAGCUAAUUCACUUAGAGACAAAUGGGCGCUAGAUACGUUGGAUGAGUUAUUAGAUUAUUUAUUAGAAGGGGUUGGGUCUGUAGCUAUUUUUGAUGCAACCAACACAACAAGAGCAAGAAGAAAAUUACUUGUAGAUAAAAUCCAAUCAAGGAACGAUCAACUAAACAUUUUAUUUUUAGAAUCCAUCUGCACAGAUGAAUCUGUUGUAGAAGCAAAUAUUAGAUUGAAGUUGUUUGGUCCUGAUUAUAAAGGGAAAGAUCCUGAAGAUUCGCUACUUGAUUUUAAACAAAGGUUGAAAAAUUAUCUUGAAGCAUAUGAAACUAUUGAAGAUAAUGAAGAUGUACAGUACCUUAAAAUGAUAGAUAUCGGCAAAAAGUUUGUAUCGUAUAACAUCGAAGGAUUUCUAGCUUCACAAACUGUGUAUUAUCUUUUAAAUUUCAAUUUAUCAUAUAGACAAAUUUGGAUAACAAGAAAUGGCGAAAGUGAAGAUAACGUCAAAGGCAAAAUUGGUGGUGAUUCUUCAUUGACCGUGAGAGGUGAAAAGUAUUCGAAAGCAUUAUAUAGAUUUAUUGACAAACAGAAAAGACUGUUAUACGAAGCUGAAUUAAAACAAUUUGCCCAAAAUAUGAAUAAAAAUGAAGAUUCAAGAAACCACACAAUAACUUCAUACAAAAGGAAAAAUAAGAAAGGCCUCUAUUUUAAAGAUUUUUUUGUUUGGACAAGUAUGCGUAAAAGAGCCAUUCAAACGGGGAAAUAUUUUGAUAUCAACGAAUAUCCAUUAAAAGAAAUGAAAAUGUUAGAUGAGAUAAAUGCAGGCUCAUUUGAAGGUUUAACCUAUCAAAAAUUCGAAGAAGCAUAUCCUGCUGAGUUUGAAAGAAGACAACGUGAUAAAUUAAGAUACAAAUUUCCCGGUAUCGGAGGAGAAUCAUACCUUGAUGUCAUUAAUCGUCUAAGAACCGUUAUUGCUGAAAUAGAAAGAAUUGAAGAUAACGUUUUAAUUAUUACACAUCAUGUUGUUGCAAGGACUUUAUUAGGUUAUUUUAUGAAUCUUGGAUUUCAAGAUAUAACCGAGUUGGACAUACCAUUACACUGUGUCUAUUGUCUAGAGCCUAUGCCAUAUGGGAUACGUUGGUCUUUAUACGAAUACAAUGAGGAGUCAGAUACCUUCCAUAAAGUACCACAGUCUGAGUUAAACGUAACAAGAAUAAAACAAAUGGGAUUAGUCCAUAGAGAAAAACAUUUCUCGUUAGUGCCCACAGCACCAUCUAGUAGAUCAUCAUCAAUGGCAUCUGUACCUUCCAAUCACACCACAUCAUCGACUCCUUUACCGUCAUCACUAGAGAACCAGAAUAGCGAAAUAGAUUUUUCAAUAAAACUCUCACAUAGUCCUUUUUUGAAAAAAAGCGAGUCACCUUCUACUGGAAAUAAUAACAUUAAAGAUAUUCCCCUUAGGUCUAAUAUAAACCCAUUAAGAACAAUAAAUAUCUUAGAGAGUAGUAGAGAUGGUAGUAGCAGGUUACCCGUCAAAAUUCCUAAUUUCCCAUCAACGGCAUUUUCACUAUUAAACAAUGAGAACAUAGCAUACACAAAUAAUCCACUCAACAACAUGACUAAUAUCUCUACCACCAUUACUCCUACUAUCACAUGUGAUAACGACAACGACAACGACAACGACAAUAACAAUAACAAUAACAAUAAUAAUAAGGAUAAUCAUGAUGAUAAUGCCGAUAUAGAUAAGAAGUUAGCACAAUCUCCUGUAUCCAUUAUAUCAUCUCUCAAUUCGACUUCUAGUAAAGCAGAAGAAUCUCAAUCAACAAACGAUAAUGUAGCUAGUAAAGAAACAUUACAUAAUAUAGAGCAUUUACAAGAUGAAUUUGAACAGUUAAAGUUAUCAAAUUCCCAAAUGUAUGAGCGAUUAUGA